AGGGAGGCCGGGUCACGUGGGGAGGGUUCUGUGAGGGGAGUAGCGAGGCGGAGCGAAGACGGAAAGCGGCAGCGGCAGCGUCGGCUCGAAGCUAUUUCCCGGCGCGCGUUCCGUCCCUCCCGGCUUCCGUCCCUCCCCGCCUGGCCCCUCGCGACGGUGGCAGCAGAUGAGGGAGCCGGCGGGAGGCCUCCCGGAGCCCCUGCCUCGCCGCCGCCUCCUCCUCCGGGGCGGCAAGAUGGGAGCGGAAUGAGCCCCGAGCCGGAGCCGCCGCCGCCUCCUCCUCCUCCUCCGGCCCGGGAAGCGGAGGUGGUGGCCUUGACUGUGGCGGCCGUGGUGGACGGAGAAGCGGCGGCGGCGGCCGGAGCCGGCGGAGGGAAGCAGUGGGGCAGCCGCAUCAUGCUGGUGAGGAGGAUCGGCCUCAAGCCGGGCGGAGGCGCCGCCGCGGUGAGUAGCCCGGGGAACAGGGCCCCUCUCCUCCCCUUCGCGCCUCUGCGCAGUGCCCCGGAGCAGGCGGAGGACUUCCUCGGGGGUCCCGGCCCCGGGAAGCGGACGCGCUGCGGGCCCGUCAGGCGCCGGGAGAGGCUCGAGGCAUCUUCCUUCGCAGUCCGCGGGGUGGAGGUCGGGGGGCCGCCUCCUCGCUCGUCCGCAUUUGUGUCUUUUCUUGCUCCCCGAUCUGUUGGGCCUCGGUGGGCUCUGUGGUAAAGGUCGGGCCAGAAAAAACACGGGGGAGUUGUUGUUGUUGUUAUUAUUAUUAUUAGGGAAACAUGGGGGAGUUAUUUUUAUUAUUGAGGAAACAUGGGGGAGUUAUUGGGGAAACGGGGGAGUUAUUAUUAUUAGUAGGAGUUAUUAUUAUUCGGGAAACACGGGGGAGUUAUUAUUAAUAGGAGUUAUUGUUAUUAUUAUUAUUAGGGAAACAUGGGGGAGUUGUUAUUUUUAUUAUUGAGGAAACAUGGAGUUAUUGGGGAAACGGGGGAGUUAUUAUUAUUAGUAGGAGUUAUUAUUAUUCUGGAAACACGGGGGAGUUAUUAUUAAUAGGAGUCAUUAUUAUUAUUAUUAGGGAAACACGGGGGAGUUGUUUUGAUUGAUUGAUUGAAUUUAUAUACCGCCCAAUACCCAGAGGUCUCAGGGCGGUUCACAGAAAAGAUCACAAUAUAUAAACUCAAAAUAAAAUCAAUAACCCAAUAACACCCUCUCCCCCCCAAAGGAGCCACAUUUCUUGUAAUUCAAAAGCCAUUAUAUGUUGGGGGUAGGCUCAGCCCACUUUCAUCCCCACUCCCUUCUUCACUCAUUUUCUUCCUUCAAACCCCCUGCUUUGACUUCUCCCUGGCACUCCCAUAUUCUUUCUUAAGGCUCACUUUGACUGAACUUCUUUGAAAAUGGUUUAUUAUUUUUAUUUAUUGAAUUUAUAUGCUGCCCUAUACACGGAUGUCUCAGGGCAGUUCACAGAAAAGAUCACAAUAUAUAAAGUAAAAAUAAAAAACCUCAAUAACCCCCCCCCCCCCAAGAGUCACAUUUUAAAAGGGUAUAGGUUUCCCCAGCUUGGAUGCAAGGGAUGAAGUGCACGCGAGAAAACCCCAAAAACCUUUCAGGUUUAUACAUUUCACUAAUUUUACAAUCAUUUUAACAUUUCAAAAAUUGACUUCCUUCCCCUUCUUUCUGCAGUUCCUUAAAUUUAUUUUUAAUAUCUUCUGCAUAUCCAAAUUAACUUAAUUUGCUCAUUUAUUCCUAUACUUUAAAUAUAUACUCUUAUGAAACUGCAGGUUAUUACAAUAAUCCUGCCAAUCUUCUUCUUUGUUUACAAUUUAUCUGUAAAUAUUGAACAAAUCAUUUCCAUUCUUUUGCAAAAAACAACAACAAUUGUCAUCUUGUAAUUGUCAUCCAGUAAGUUUCUCCCAUUUUUGCAUAUUGCACAAGUUUUUGUACCCAUUAUUCCUUUACUAUGACUUCUGCUUCUUUCCACUUUGGUGGCGAGUAACAUUCUUGCCACUGGUAGUUGCAUACUGUAUAUGAAUAAGUUUCUAUACAGUUUAGCUAGUUCUGUCCCUAUAAUUUCAAAAAUAAAAGCUUCUGGUCCCCGUCCCCCCAACAUUAUUUUAAACAUCUUUUUCAUUUCGUUAUAUAUCAUUUCCCCUUGAAAACUCAUACCACAAGACUCCUUAAUGCUCCUUUUUGUGCUAUAAAAUAUUGUUGAUCUCUGCAUGGUGUUUUUCUUUCUUUCUUUCUUUCAAUGUGUGCUUGGCUUGGGCUCUCCAGGCCUCACCCUUGAUACGGGCUAAGUGAGUUCUUGUGUUUACACUAUAGGGGUUGGCUACCUGCUGAAGUCUUUCAGGCAGGCGUGAGAAAAGGCCUUUUUUCAGUUUUUGCAACUCUUAUAUGAUUCAUUGUACUAUUUGCUGCUUUAAAAAUGCUAUGCAUUGGAGCCAGCUGGAUUACUCCCUUUAAGUCUCAGCCCAUGGACAAUCCACUGCUACGGCUUGCAAAUUAUGCUAGAGUCUUCUACUCUUUCACAGUUUGUCCAAUCUGUAAUUUUUUCAUUUAUUUAUUUGAGCAAUGGCGCUUUUAAAAAAUUUGAGAAUGCAAAAUGUGCCUAACAUAUUUUGUGUUCUCAGUUAUAUGCUAGAUGCUGUUCGUAUCUUCGGAAGAUAACACAUUGACGUUAUCUAGGAGUGGGCAUGCAAAAAUUCAUUUGAAAUGUAGGAGUUGAGCUGUCUCCCUGCACACAUUGCUAGUAAACAUUGAAUGACGUGCCUUCUGGAGCUAAUUCAAGUAUCACUUGUGUAGUGUAGAGUGCACAAAAAUAGUGUGUGCCUAACCUCUUAUAUGCAGUGUGACAUGAUGCUUGUGUUUGGAUAUACUGCAAGCCUUGGCACAAAGGUUUGGCAUGUCUUCAUUCUAGCACUGUGCAUAUCUCAUGUCAGGCUCUGGUGAUUAUGAUGAUGUAUUCAGUUUAUUAGUUGCUUUUUGCAAUUUAUUAGUAAUUUGUUACAUAAGCCUCUAGAUGUCUUUUAAAAAAAAUAAUAAGUUCAGAAAGAGCAAUAUGUUGCAAUAAAAGCCAUUCAGUAACCCACAGAACUAUUGAUUCAGCUGCUCAAACUUAGUAUCUAAGCAGUUUAUCUUUACUGGUAAAGCCAUUACAGUGGUACCUCUGGUUCCACACAUUGCGGGUUACAAGCUCCACUAACCCGGAAGUCGCCGUUCCUGGUUGAGAACUUUGCCCUGGGAUGUGAGUGGAAAUUGCGUGCCAGAGGCGCGCUUUUGCCAGUGACGCCUCAUCUUACGAGUGGUUUUCAAUUACGAAUGGACCUCCGGAACAGAUUCUGUUCGUAACCAGAGGUACCACUGUAUAGAAUUAGCAUUGGUUAGUCUUUCUUAUUUAUGGGAAAACUUGUAGCAAUUGGCGCCCUUUUAUCACAUAAUAUGCAUGCAAAUGACUUUGAUCAGAUCUAUGCAUGCAGACUUAACAUUGUAUAAUAGGAAUACAUUUUGCACCAAACUCAUUAAAUGGGCUACAGACAAACACAAGAUACUCAAAAGUUGAAGAAGAGGAAGUUGCACUUGCUGUACAGGCUGUUGAUUAACCCAGGACCAGACUUGCCUCAGUGACAGCAAGCUAACCCAGUCAUGGUGAUCAUCUGUGUGAUGGGGCUGCCUCUAGCUAUAAACACACCAUAUUCCACCACAUCCUGUAUGGCAGUACAUAAAUAUUUCCCAUCACUCACCAUGUUCAAGUAAGGUUUGUGACAGCAGCCAAAUCAGUAUAACUAGUUUAAUAUUUUCAGUUAGAGUGGGUGUACUUUGGACAUGGUUUAUUGGAGUGAAAUAAGUCGUACAGGGUACCUCACAGCCCUUUAAAGCUGUACCAGGUUCCCUGUUUGAGUCUUGCAACCUGCUCAUGUAGAAUGAAUUGUUCCUUGGUUGGAAUGGUUACUUUCAAAGUAGUUUAGGUACACAGGGUUCCCAAGUAUAUAAAUUAAACCAGCUUGUGAUUUUUCUAGUAAAACAGUUGUGCAAACCUUGUUUUAUGUACAGUGGUACCUCAGGUUAAGUACUUAAUUCGUUCCGGAGGUCCGUACUUAACCUGAAACUGUUCUUAACCUGAAGCACCACUUUAGCUAAUGGGGCCUCCUGCUGUUGCCGCACCGCUGGAGCCCGAUUUCUGUUCUCAUCCUGAAGCAAAGUUCUUAACCUGAAGCACUAUUUCUGGGUUAGCGGAGUCUGUAACCUGAAGCGUAUGUAAUCUGAGGUACCACUGUAUUUUAGACAGUGGCAGUCAAAUUUCCUGACCUCAAAUUCAGGGUGAAAACCUCUAGGCAAUAUUUUUUAAACAUCCUAGGGGAAUGCUUCCCUUGUGUUCUUCAAUAGGAGUUUUAGGGCAGGAUUUUGUGGACCAGUGGCCCUCUUGAGCACUGGCUAGCAUAAUUAAGGAACAGGGAAAAUUUUGUUCUGAUACAAAGUAUCCAGCACACCUGUUCUUACAACAUUGUUUCAUUCACCCGAAUUCUGAUGAGAAAAUGUUAUCCAUAAGCACAAAUGAGCUACAAGCUUGGGACAUCAAAGGAUUCAGCUCCAGAGUGUUUACUAACAUUGAAAAGAAUGUCCAGAGUGGUUUUUCUUAAAUAUUUUGAUGUUGUUUUUAAUGUAAUAAAAAAGGCAAUCAGAGAGUGUGGAGUUGAAAAUGUAAUGCAUGCGGAAAUAAACUAGUAGGUGAGGAACAUCCAACUUCUAUGUUUCAGGCAAACUGGGGGGGAAAUAGCUUUUCUUGGUUACACUAAUAAGUAUUCUAGAGCAGUCUAUCCCCACUGGUAUAAAAAAUGUCUGACAUUAGAUCACAACCUUCUAUUUGCAUCUUAUAUCCAUCAGAGGCACAAAGUGCAAAAUCUCAUCCUGUCAUUUCCCCAAUGAAUGUCCAUGUGAAAUCUAACUAUAGCGUUCUUAUUUCUUGGCUAACAGUCUCUAAUGACUAUUUUUAAGUGAUAUAGGGAGUGUGACAGGUUAAUUGAAAAGAAAGCAGCAAGACAAAUGUCAGCCAGCUGAAAUUGGACCCCUUUUCUUCUCUCCCAUCCACUUUCUAUAUAGAAUUCAUAGAAUCUUAGAGUUGGAAGGUACUCAAGGUUCAGCUAGUCCCAACUCCUGCAGUGGAGGAAUCUCAGGUAUAGCAUCCAAGACAGAUGGCCAUCCAACAUCUGCUUUAAAACCUCCAAGGACGGAGAGUCCACCACCUCUUGUGGGAGACCGUUCCACUGCUGAACAGCUCUUACUGUCAACAUUUUUUCUAGAUGUUUAAUCAGAAUUUCCUUUCUUGUAACUUGAAGCCAUUGGUUCAAAUCCUACCCUCUAGAGCAGGAGAAAACAAGCAUGUUCCCUCUUACAUGGGGCAGCCCUUGAGAUAUUUGAAGAUGGCUAUCAUAUCUCCUCUCAGUCUCUUCUUUUCCAGGUUAAACGUUCCCAGAUCCUUCAACCAUUCCUCAUAAGGCUUGAUUUUAGAGAGGAAAGGGAUUUGUCAUCUUUUGGCAGAAACUUCUUUUGACUGACUAUUUAGAGAUAGUAUAUCAUGUUCUAGUCUUGGGUGCGUUUCUUUUUCACCAUUCAGUAUUAGGAGGGGGGAUUUGAGCAAAAUGUAUGGGGGAAAGGGGAGUGAAAGGGACAAGGAAGUGUUAGUAGAAAGGAAUUUGUUUCCUUUAUACAGUGGUACCUCAGGUUACAUACGCUUCAGGUUACAUAGGCCUCAGGUUACAUACUCCGCUAACCUAGAAAUAGUACCCCGGGUUAAGAACUUUGCUUCAGGAUGAGAACAGAAAUCGCACGGCGGCAGUGGGAGGCCCCAUUAGCUAAAGUGGUGCUUCAGGUUAAGAACAGUUUCAGGUUAAGAACAGACCUCCAGAACGAAUUAAGUUCUUAACCCGAGGUACCACUGUAAUUGGCAGAAAUUUCUUUUUCUGUCACCACUCUGGUGUUUCAGUACCAGCUUAAAUAAACUGAAAGCUUAGUUAAUUGAAUUGAUUGAACAAUUGAACAUAAAAAUGUCUGCCAUUGGCACACAUACAAAAAAAAAAUCUCUUAAUGGCAUAAGUUUUAAUGAGUUAUAUAAGCUGAACCAUUUAAUUUUGUAAAAAGAAACCAUAUAGGUGGUUAGUAAGUCCACAGCAUAGCUUUCUGUCAUUUUUGCUGACUCCAGCAUUCUGUGCACUCACAGGAGAUUAUUAAAACAAUUCCAUUUAAUAUUGUUGAGUAGCAGGAAACGUCACGAAUGAAAGGAAACAUUGUGGAAACUGUUGAAGUUCAUAAGCAAAUCUAUAUUCCUGUUUUGUAGGUGAUUGGGGGGAAAACUUUAGUUGGUGCUAUUUCGAAGAGUAGAGUUGUACAUAGUAAAUGUAUAAGUAUCCAUUAAUUUAUUUUCUGUUAUUUGUUACAUAUAUAGUCCACCUUUUCUCCAAAGAUUUCAAAGAGGCUCUCUCUCUCUCCCCCACCCCCCGCCCAGCCUCUCCAUUUUAUUACUGCAGUACACUGUGAGGUUGGGUAGGUCAAGGGACUCUGGGGUCACCUGGUGAUGUUCAUGGCAGAUGGGGAUUUAAACCUGAGUCUCCAAGCUCCUUGUUUACCACUUUUACCUGCUUCAGCACUCUAGCUCCCAGUUAAAUUAAUAACUCACUUGAUUAAACUGCAUACUCUGGGAUGAAGGGAACAGUUCAGUGGAACUCCAGUAACUGUGUCAAGUAUUACAGCCUGCAUAUUUUAAAAUAAUCUCCCAGUUUACACAGACAAGGUAUCAUUAUGUGUGGGAGAAAACCCUCUGCAAAACGGAAACCCUUUCUUUUCACGUUCUUACUCUUUCCCUGUGGAUUUGUCAUUCUGGCCGUUUUCAGACAGCACACAGCUUUUCUUUCAGUUGGAUUUUAAUACCCUAGUUUAGUAAGUAAGCUUUUAUAUCUUUUAAGGAUUUGUCUAACCCAUGUUUAAAAAUUGUUAACCUGCCUUGAACUCUCAGGAUAGGCUUAAUUAGAAAUAAUUUCAAGAGAAACAUAGAAUUGAUGUACUACUGCUUCAUUAAUUGGCAUGUACCCCACAGCAGUAUUCUAGUUUAAUGCGAGCUCUUAACUCCAAUUGAUUUGGCAAAACCCCCACUGGCCGUAUGUUUAAAUUAAAAUAGAAUGCCUUGUACCAUUUAAAAUGUUGUCAGAAGCAAGUUUCUAAGAGUUGUGCUGUAUUAAUAUCACAUUUCCCCCCCUUUAACAGCAAGGUAUUGGUCGACCAAGUGUGUACCAUGCAGUUAUUGUCAUCUUCCUGGAAUUCUUUGCUUGGGGACUGCUUACAACUCCCAUGCUCACAGUAAGUUUCCUAACCUGGGUGUUUUUGCUCAGAGCUGUGUAGUAUUAAUAAGUACUUUCAGAAUUAUAUGUGUUUGCCUGUCAUAAUAAUGGUCUACAUUAAACAAUGGUUUUUAUUUCUAAUUUCUGGUACUAUACUUGGAGGUUAGAGUCCUGCUGUUACUUGGCUCAUCUUCUUCCAUAGCUGCCUCCUUCAGCUGCCAUUACACCAGCAGGCCCUCUCCAUUAAGUUGGCACAGGCUAAAGGUGGCUAAUGUGUGGCCCUGCAGAUGUUGGUGAACUAGAACUUCCACCAUCCCUGGCUGUUGACUAUGCUGGCUGGGGCUACUGGGAGUUUAGGUUCAGCAACAUCUGUGUUGGGGUAACUGGACACCAUAAGGGUUUCAUUUCCUUCAUGAGUGUAAAUCACCCCAUGGAUGAGCUAAUCACAGGUGCAAGGUUAACCAAGCCAGUUUCUUUGGUAACAGCCCAGUGCCAUGACAAUAUCUGUCAUUAAUGUGUCAUUCUGUGAGUCUGCAGUUGGUAGUGUCUGUCUGUUAGUUAAUUACUAACAAUUACUUGUUCAGUGUUACGUUUUGAAUUGCUGAACUUAUUUAGAGAAAUGGAGAUACUUCAUAUUUGUACAGUAAUACCUCUGCGAACGUCCGCCUCGUCUAGCAUCCAUUCCGGCAAAAAUCCGUGGCAAAUCCAGAAAUACUGGAACGGGUUACUUGCGGGUUUGGUGCUCCUGCAUGCGCAGAAGCGCUAAAUCACACUAUGCGCAGAAGCACAAACUGCUCUGUGCGCAGAUGUGGCACUUUGCCCUGCGUCUUUUUUGACUAGCGGCCGGGGCUGCAAAACGAGGUACGACUGUAUGUAUAUAUCAGUAUCUGCAAAAGCCUAGAAGCUGUUUGCCUACCCGUGACUUAGUCAUUAUGUAAGAGCUGUUAUCUGAAUCUGCUUAGUUUCUCUUUCCUGUCUUUUGCCUUUUAUUGAUUAAUUUGUAAGCCAUCAUUUUAAAUUAUGAACCACCUUGAGUGCAGAAACAUGCUGCAUAAAUAUAGCAAAUCAGUAGUAAAUUGAUAUGAUUGGCAAGAAUGUAGGGAACGUUUUGAGUUGCCUCCCCACUCAAGUAGCAGAGUAAAAUUCAUCAAUGAGCUUGAACUACAAUAUAUAUGGCUUGAACAGUGUUGCUCAGUGCUCUUUUUGACCCACCCUUUUCAGGCUUCCACUUUUCAGGGGAUUAAAUUAGCUAUUCACAGUGAAAAUCAAUAAAGCAUUGACUUUAAAAUAGAGCCCAAUGCACAUUUUGCUAAAUUUGCUGAUGGCAAUCAGGUCAAAUGCUAAAAGAUUGGCAGGCUCCCUUGCCAGGCCAAAUCCCUAGUACAGUGCUGCACCUUUUUACUUCACUGGGCACAACCAUUUUAAUCUCAAACACCAAUUGCACCUCUCUCUUGGUGGAAAAAAUGAAUUGCAUUCCUCGUGGUUUAAAUAUGAAUCUAGCAAGCAUAUUUCAGAAGUGUACACUAUAUUCUGUUUUUGUUUAACUAAUCUAGAGCAGGGGUAGGGAACCUUUUUGGCUUCACGGACCAGAUCCUUAUCAGGAUCUGUCACACGUACCAAAUUUGUCAGGUGGGCAGGGCCUCUGAAGUCAGAUCAUACAGAAGCGGGGAGACUUGCAAAGGCCUCUGAGCUUAAAUUCCUGGACCCUGAUGGAAGAGAAGUUGUUAAACCCCCCCUUUUUAGCAGUGUAUUGCAGGCACACCAUGCAUGAAAAAAGGAACCAUGCCAGGUGCUUUUAGGGCAGCCUCUUUGUUUCUGAUAGGAACACAGGGACUGUCUAAAAAUUGCAAAGUGCCAUUUGAAGCAACGUCCCACUACUUACAGGGAGGGGAGGCUGUUUGAAAUGGUGCUUUGUUCUUCUCCUGUAAGCAGGUGGGAGUCCCCCAUUGCAGCCCUGAGACCUCCGGGUAUAGGGCGGUAUAGAAAUUCAAAUAAUAAUAAUAAUAAUGGCCCCGCCUCCCUUCUCCCACUGAUCAAAUUGGCCUGCAGGCCAGGGGUUCCCUACCCUUCCCUAGAGCUCAUGCAGAUAUAUAGAUAUAGACACACACACACACACACACACACACACACACAUACAUACAUAUACAUAUCCCUACACCUUCACCUUCACCUAUAAAUCCUGAUUUUCAUACUUCUUGAAUUCUUACUAAAUUGGAAGACAUCUUUGCUGGUCCAGUCUACCUUGCAAGUCUUGAAUUUAGCAUCUCCAUAUGGGCAUAUAUGUGCAAUGUUGUUAUGUCAGUUAUGUGCAACUUCUGGUACAAUAGAAAGCGACUUGCAACCUCCUAAGCUUAAGAAACAUUUGCUAUAGUACAAUCAUAUAAAUAUAAUGGAGAAAUGAAUAGAAUUCCCACUCAAAAUUAGACCUCAUUGAGUUCAGUGGUACUUACUCUCAGGUAUACAUGUGGAACAUUGCAACCUAAAUGUGCCAUUGAAUAGAACUUUUUUUUAAAAAAGGCAACAGUACAUACGUUUUGCCAUUGCUUUAGCUUAGUAUAUUUUUGCUUUCUAGGCACUUUGACUCAGAUGCUUGUUUGCUGUUAAAUUGUAAUAUUUGAAGUACAGGUGUGAUGUGUUCACAAUUGAGGCUAAGAACCUCAAAGAACUUGCUGUACAUUCAGAUUUCCUAUUUGGAUAUUGGUUUCUUUUGAACUGUCAGCUGGGUGUUAGAAUUUUAUCAGAUGGUAUGCAGAACUAUUGUCAGAAUAGAAGCAUGCUGGGUGCAUGUAAGCCUGCAGUUUGAUGUUUUAGAUCCUGCACUGUGAUGUUUAGAGGUGUAGUGCUCAAAGUAGUUAAACACAUAUACCAUAAUAUGAAUACUGCCGGCCCCCUCCCCAAUUGUUUUUAGUAGAUUUAAAUAGUUGGAAGUAUAACUGGGGUAGUGUGUUAAAGCUUGAACAUGCAGACACAUCUCAACUUUUUAAAAACACUUAAACAGCUUCUAGGUUCUGUUGAUUAACUUAUUCUUAAUUUUUUUAAUGAGAGCCAGCUGCUUGUUAACAUUGUGUUCAUCGUGGUAUCAUGACAGUUCUGUUUCUAGAGAAGGGGAAUGUGGGGCGAAAAAAAUCCAUAUAGCUCCCUUGUGUGCUUAUUGACUGGGGGAGUGACAGAUCUGUUAAAAAUACUAAAAGCCAGGUUUGGCAGCUGUUAAAACUACGCUGCUGUAUGGCUUUGGAUAAGAUGGGGAAGACUGAAAUAUAUUUGACUGUGAUGAGUUCUGAAACGGAAGUCAUGGUACUCUAGAUGGGUCAGUAGUGGCUAAGUAUUUAUGUUUUAAAGUAGUUUAGUAUAUUUUCUUUAAUGGAAGGUUACUUUGAAUAACAAUUUCUUCUCUUUAGGUCUUACGUGAAACAUUUCCUCAGCAUACAUUUUUAAUGAAUGGCCUCAUUCAAGGAGUUAAGGUAAUUAAAAAAAAGUCGGUUAAUCAUAACCAUUCUUGAACCGUUAAUUUUUGUAAGCCUAAUAAUAGCACAGUGUUUCUAAUACAUUGGUAUUGUGGGACUUAUCAUUUGUAUGAGACAAACAGCAUUGAUGCAGCUAUGAGAAUGAAAUGCUCAUUUUCAGAAUUUAAAAAGUCACAAAACUGUUUAGCUGCUUGUUGAGUAGUGUCCAACAAAGUAGUUCCACUAGCACAAGCACUUCCGGGCUACAUAAUAGAACUUCCCCUCCCUCUCCUUUCCUGCCAAUAUAUGCUUUGGAGAGCUGGGGAUCCCCCAGAACAUGGGGUGCACAGGAAGAGGAAGUUCCGUUGUACAGCCAGAAGUUGUGCUAACAGAACUAACACAUUGGAUUACCACCAUGAGGCUGCAAUUUAGUUGACAUUAAGUCAAAUUAAUCUUAAUUUGGGCUGCCUUCUGAGUAGACAUUUAUAUAAUUGCACUGAUGUGGAAACAAAUGGAGGUGUAAGAACACAUUCAGUCUUGGACAACUGACUAAUGUCAAAUUUGUGAAAUGUUGGAACCAGAUCAAUUCAAACUGGUAAUUACAUGGGGUAUGAAGCAGGCAUCCAAAAUCAUAAUUGAACAUUGAGACUUUGGUUGAGACUUUUUGGCAUGUUAUGAGAUGGAAUAAUUAAUAUUACACUAAAGGGACAGAAUUUGGGGGAUGUCAGUGCAGCAGCAGUGCAUAUGAAAUCUUCUCGAUCAUGAUAAGUUCUAUUAUUGUUUCAUUGUAAGUUCAGGGGAUAAUUUUCUCUAUUGCUGUUUAUGGCCCUAAGAAGAUAAUACAUGUGACCCUCCCCCAUUGAUUAAGGAUGCUGCAUAUUUUGUUUUAUUAUUGUAUCCCAGUGGAUACUUAAGGUGUCACAAAUAUCUGUAACUAAAGAACCGCAAUGAACAAACCUUUCAUACAAGGGUAAAAAUGUGAAAUCUGGGAUUCAUGUCAAAUUCUAAAUCUGAUAAUACCAUACAAAUAGUUGCUGAUUCCAGAAACCCCCCUGAGUGGACUUAUGUUCAUGGAACACUCCUGCUUGUGGAAGGUGAUUGACUUUGCCUGGUUUCUGAACACUCUGAAACCCUUCUCCAGAGGGUCAGAAGACAGUGGGAGGUGAAGACUGCAGGGAGAAUCUGCAAAAAUUGCUGCCCUCCCUCUUCUGCUGGGUCAUGGCCCAUGUUAGAAACUCUGAUAUAUAAGCUUGACACUAAGUGACUCCUUAAACCAGGGUUGCAGUCACCAAAAUGGAAUGUCUAGUUGCCCUUUGGGGGGCAGACGGCUCGAAAGUCACAUUUUUCAAUAUGACUUUUUGGUUCCUGAAAUUUCACUCUGAUUGUGCAGAUAAAAUAUAAUGGGUAGAAUUCUACAGGAUGUGUUACUAGGACGUGAAAACAGUCAAGAUCCCAGGCAUACUCCUCCAGAUGGUGGAGACAUCAAGCACCAUCCUGGCUCCUGGGCUUCUUCAGUUGGUCUCAGGUGACCAAUAGCCAGGUGCAAAAUGCAUCUGGCACCUGGCAAAUUUUGAAUGCUGGUCAUGGCCCCCUCUGAAUGGAAAGAGCCUUUUCAUUUGUGGGAAGGCUACUCUGAAUGUAAGCUUAUAUCAAUGUGUGCUGUAAAAAGAAGUUUUAUUAAAGGGUUUUCUGACUAUAGUUAAGAAACUGACGAUUGGUAGCUUGAUCUGCAGAAAUGUAUAUGAGGACAGGAAAAGAAGCUUUGUGUAGUAAUAAGUGUCAGGACAAGGUAAGAAGGUUAGCGCUGUGGUAAACCUUCCCUGCCUGUAGGAGAUGUUAUUUGAAACCGCUUUUUCUUGUUGAUGCCUUGAUUACUCAGAUCUGUCUGAAGUGUAUGCAAAUACUAUCUUUAAUCUGGCUGGUAAUAGUAAUGACUUUGACUUGAGUGAUUCCAGCUUUCCAACUGACUUGUGUCCAGAUAUUGAUAAAACCUGUAAAAUUCAUUUAGUAAUCCAUGCUCAAAUUCUGUGGGGAAGCAGUGUUGUCUACAGUGCACCUGAAACAAACAAACACAGAUAAAUAAGGCUGCCCUCCACUAACCUCACCCUUUUGUGGAAAGCACACCUAAUUCAUCAGAGAUAAGAAAGCAUCAUAAGUGAGCUUCAACCUGGCUGGUGACUGCUAAGCACAGUUUUAUACAGUGGUGCCUCGCAAGACGAAAAUAAUUCGUUCCGCAGGUCUUUUUGUCUUGCAAUGUUUUUCGUCUUGCGAAGCACGGUCCGUCGCAACUGCGCCUCUUCAAGCGGCUUUAAGAAGAAAGUGCAAGACGUUUUCGUCUUGCGAAGCAAGCCCAUAGGGAAAUUCGUCUAGCGAAGCAACACAAAACCGAAAAACCCUUUCGUCUAACGAGUUUUUCUUCUUUCGAGGCAUUCGUCUUGCGGGGCACCACUGUGUUUCCAUUAGCUUGUGUCUGCAGUUCUUUUCUAGUCUAACUUUUGGCUACCUUCCUAGCAAUUGUUCAUGUAAAAACCGUCUCUUUACUUCUGUUUGCGUGUGCAAAUUUCUGGUGCACCCUGCAACCUCAAGCUAUUAUGGAUAAAAUCAUAGCCUUCAGUCUUGAGACAUUUGCUUCAAUGAUGUAACAUAAAAAUCUCUGCAAUGAUGUCUUUUGGGAGAAUUGAAUGUAUUAAAAACUGAAUGACUUACCUGUAUCUUUUCUGUAUUUCAAAUAUUGUUCUAAAUAUAUAAAAGGGAUAAUACCAGAGAAAGCAGUUUGCAGAAGGCACGUGCACUUUCUUUUGGCAAAUUGUCACAUUUAGCAUAGCAGAUUCUUGGGCUGAGAUAUUGUUUAGGGGGUAUUGUUGGGGUUUUUUGUUGCUGCUGUUGACAUUAUUGUUUUGUAUAUUUAUUUUUAGAACUUACAGCGGUUUAUAUGGGAAUAGUUGGAAUUGUUCAUUUUUUGGUUGUGUACUUUUUGAUGUGUUUUAUUUAUUCUUUAUGACUACUUUUGCUAUGUUUGCAAUUAGGUAAUGUUUGUAAUCUUUUCAUGCUGUAAGCUGCCUUGAGCACGGUUUUAACUAUGGAAAGGCGAAAUACAAAUUAAAUUAUGAUGAAGUUAUGUAGAAUGGCGGCUGCUGUGUGCAAUUGUAAAAUUUUCAGCAUGGAUGAAAGUUGCCUACUGGAAGUGCCAAUUUGUAAAUAUUGUGGGUAUAUGUUAAUUGUUGACAGCGUGAUUACCUAGUUCAGUAAUCUUUGCCUAUGGAAAAAGCAUUUCCUGUGAGGGUCUUUUGCAUAGAGAAAAUUCAAACUUUGGGAAAUGGUUCAGAGUUCAGACACUGUCAGGAAAGUGGUUAGAGAGCAGAAACAAUUGGGAACUGGGAGUCUAAAACAUCUAGAAGGUACCAGUUGGGGAAGGUUGACUUAGUGGAACCUUGAGACUGGUAUGCUACUUAACUAAGACUUGUGUGGAUUUCCUGCCAGACAAUUAACAAUAAUCUGGUAUUGCAGCAAUGUGGAAUGGAUUUGGCAGGCUUUAUGCUUUACAAGUCUGACAAUUUCUCUCAUGCUACUUUGUGCUCCAGAAUGUAAGCAGAUGAAUAGCUGCUUUGUCUCCCGGGAUAAUUUAUGUUGUUGUUCUGUGCUGAAUGUAUUUUUCAUAUUGACAUUCAUCAGUUUUGCACUAAAGGGAAAUGGUUCACUCUUGUCUUCAAUCAGAAAAAUGCAGCCCAACAGUUGUAGCUGCCAUUUUUGAUAGGAUGGUUUGAGAAGAAAUUUGGAAAAUAUUAAGGGAUAAAAGUAGAUUUGGAGUUGACCCAUUAUUAGUGUUAAAUUUAAGUGUUCUAAUAUAGUAGAAUUAAUAUAUUAAGCGAUUUUACAGUAUAUUCUUGGCUGCGUUGGGGCUGUGAAAAUCUAAUCCCUGCACAUACAUUGAAAUUUGGACCUUGUGGUUGGCACCCAUGAGUUUUUAAUUGAUUAUUUGCAAAUCAGAAGGAGGUCUCCCAUCUCCAGUUACAAUUUAUUCUCAUUUUUGGCAGCCUUUUUGUCCUUUGUAUAAUGUGAAUUUUGCUUUAUGCAUGUAUUUUGCUUUAUGCUGUGGCUAUUGUGACCUUUAUGAAACUCUAAAAUGCCAUUUCUAGUCGGAAAGAAAUUGCAUUCCUCAUUCUGCUGAGGAUCAGUGUAUAUGUUCACUAAACAAUUCACCAGCACUUGCUUAGCAUCUUCACCUUUGCCUUUGAAACAGUCUUAUCUUACUCUUCCAGAGUACUGUGAGAUUGUACAAGUGUUUAGUGCAAUAUAGUUUGCAUGCCUACCCUGUAUGUGCUUUUUUUAUCCAAAAAAGAAAACAUUCUACCUAUGUUCCUGAUUGUUCUCUUUGGCUCUUUUAAAUCAUGCUUAUAUAAGAAGGCACAUCCCAGCAUGUAUAGCUAAUUUGCUUAUUACUGUGAUCCUCUGAAUAAAUUGUAGAUUAAAGAUAAAAGGAUAAAAAAUGCACUAAAAGAACUUCUAUUUCAUUCUUAGGGGUUUUUAUCCUUCCUGAGUGCUCCACUGAUCGGUGCUUUGUCUGAUGUCUGGGGAAGAAAGUCUUUCCUCCUUGUUACAGUUUUCUUCACUUGUGUCCCAAUUCCGUUAAUGAAGAUAAGUCCAUGGUAAGUGGUACAAAUGACAGUAGGUGUUUUUGGUGUAUGAAGGAAACUAGAAGAGAUAAAUCACUUUUCUCUAGUCAAUUAUCUCAAGUUAGGGUUCAAUUACUGCUGCAGGGUCCAAGUGUGUCAAGUCUGUUCUUUUAAUUGGGUUCUUCAAAAUGGAAUGCUUAAUUAAAGGUUGUAGAUUGAUGAUACUUACACAGUUUUACAACUAUCAAAUAAUCUUUGCAUAGUUACAUUACACCUUUCUCCUUUGCAGGUGGUAUUUUGCUAUGAUUUCGGUUUCUGGGAUUUUUGCUGUUACGUUCUCUGUGAUAUUUGCUUAUGUAGCUGACAUAACACAAGAGCAUGAAAGGAGCACUGCAUACGGACUGGUAAGACGAUUUCUGAAAAUAUUUCUGAUGCUUUGACAGUCAUAUUUAUUGGUAGUCCCUCAUUAUAUAGAUACUACACUCACUAUGUUUGAAUAAGGCACAUCCGGUUAUUUUGGGGGUUGAGAAGAUAGGCUUAUCUUGCAGCGGUGACAAAGUCAAGAAAAGAUGAUGUGUUGGAGGAGGGAGAACAGAGUCUUAGAUUUCUUUAUUCCUAGACACUCAGCCGAGAAACCGUAUCCUGCACAGGUAGAAGGUUGAGCAGUCAUCUGUGUUAAUUGUAGGUAUCCUGUAUCAAAAGACGUAGCUGGACCAAGUUACUUAAUGGAUUGUUUGAGCUCUGAUUCUCUUGGUAAGGCAUAGCAGGAGUUUAGUUUAUUACUAAUUGCUGAGUCUGUUGCUCAGCAUGGAGGAUGACAUUAAGACAGCUUGUUAAUCUGACAUAUGCUAGGUAACAUUUCUUUGAAAGUACCUUUCAGUGUCCUGGUUUCUUCCUGGAUGUAAAGGCAGUAUGGGCGGUCAUCUAUUCCUUAGGUUGUGCCUCCAAUAAGGUUGUCAGUGUAGGCUUUCAUUAGCAAAGGGAGGUUUCUUAUUUUCCUUCCUACCUGGGAUAGGCAGCAACUGACCCCUAAUAAGCAUCUAAUCCCAGAAUCGUAGAAUCACAGAAUUGUAGACUUGGAAGGGAUCCCGAAUAUCUCUUGCCCAUCCCCCCACAAUGCAGGAAUGGCUUUGAGUAAUGAUAAAGGCGCAUCUGAACAUUUAAAAAGAUCUGAACCAAUAGUGGAAUAUUAAUGCCACUUGACUUAAGUCAGAAUUCCCUCUACUGAGAAUCUCCAGUCUCAGCCCAGCAGGUGACUUGGUGUUUCCUUCCCUGAUAUGCUAUACUUGCAGGGGCUACCAAGGGUUAAAACUGGGCUAUUCCUUCUAAUUCAGUGCUUGUGCUUGUAUUCCUUUUUACACUCACUGAGUGAAAGCGUGAUUUUUAGAAUGUGUGUCUCUCUGAAUAAUGAUAAAAAAAGGAAUAGUAGGUGAAUUUCCAUAGUUUCUCAUAACAGCAACGCAGGUAUUACCACUUCCCAGCUUUCCCCUUGCAGUAUGUAAUGAAUAGUGAUAGGUGAGUUACUAUGGGAUGGCAGUUUCAUAGUGGACAAUCUUCGUUGCAUCCAGUGAAGCCAUCCUAAAAGUGCAAGGACUUCCACCUGAGCAGCAGGAUGUCUUCUCAUCAUGUGCAUCCUCUCUCUGGUGUGCUGGUUGAACCCCUAGAACAAAUUGGGGUGGGGUUGUAAGGAGACAGAGAGGAAGUCCCCUUGUGAUUGUGUUAGAUACAACCCUGAAUUGCCAAGAUACUGUAAUGCUCUUUGGAUGCGGUCUUCUAUGAAGUCAUUUCCUCUGCUGCUUCAUUAGUACAGAAGUACCAUGGCAACCCCUGAAAAAUAGAGUGCUUACAUAUCUUGCACCUUGCUAAAAACAUUUUUGAAGUGUUAAGCUGAAGUGGUGAUGAAGGAGGAAGGCAUCUGUUAGACAAUUUCUUUUUGUGACUUUUAGACCUGCUGCCUUGCAGUUUCUUAUAUUGAUGGGUUUUGUGGUUUUAUUAUAUGAUUUUAAUUAUACGCUGAGCCUAAUUGGGAUGUGUUUGAAACCCACCCUGGAACCAUUUAGUGAUGGUUUCAAAUACAAAUAGAAUAUUCUAAACUUAUUAAUUUAUUUACUAUGUAAGCUUUGACUGACAGAUUCACUGUUGUUGAACAGACAUGUUUUGUGGCAUAAAAAUAGUUCUAGAUUUCUUUUAAAAUAAGGAUGUGUACUGUUAAAGUAUGUUCUCCAGGUCGUUGUCUGACGUUUCUCGGUUUACCAAGCCAUUCUUUUAGCCUCGGGUGCCAGCUUCCUCCCAGUCAUUAACUAUCUGAGUCUCUGCGUUUUAGCAGAUAAAGUUGGGUCACACUGGCUAAACCAGGGUUUCCCAAGCUUGGGUCUCCAGCUGUUUUUGGACUACAAUUCCCAUCAUCCCUGACAGCUGGUCCUACUAGUGAGGGAUUAUGGGAGUUGUAGUCCAACGAAAGCUGGAUACCCAAGUUUGGGAAACGGUGGGAUAAAUGUACACCUCUUUCCCCCCCACCUCCACUAGUGUUAAAAAGCUACUGUCUCAACAGUUCAAGGAAAUAGAAAUAGUUGUAGUUCAAAUGCAAUUUGAUCUCAUUGCCAACUUCCCUCUAAAUUUAAAACAGGGCCACCAAGUGGCAGAUAUUGAUGUGGAAGACCUGGAGUUAGGCAUGGUCUACCAGUCAGCUGCAUAGCGGGGGAUGAACAAGACAGUGUGUGCAUACAGAAGAUGUACCGUAUUUUUUGCUCUAUAACACGCACCCGACCAUAACACGCACGUAGUUUUUAGAGGAGGAAAACAAGAAAAAAAUAUUCUAAACGAAACAGUGGAUGUAUGAUUUUUGUGGUUCAUGCUGUGGCCACAGACAUGUGAUCUGACGGUGAGUUUGGGGUAGCCCAAUGCAAAAAUCCUGAGGAUCCAUGUGGAUCCAUGUUUGUAACCACGUUUUUGCACCACUGUGGCCCCAGGCAACAGUGGGUGCGUGAUUUUUUUGGUGCAAACUGUAGCCAUGGACAUGCUAUGUGAUCUGAUGGUGAAUUUGGGGUGACCCAGUGCAAAACUCCUGAAGAUCCAUGUGGAUCUGUGCUUUGUAACCACGUUUUAAGUGGGGAGGGAAAGAAAAGCACUUAAGGGACAAGGAGCACACAUGGGGUGGGUGGAGAAGGAUGCUGCUAAUAAUGCAGAAGAGGGGUAUAAGGGGAGAAGGCUCCUCUCCUCUCCUGCUUUGCUCCUUUAAAGCAAGCAGGCUCUCUGUCCCUCUCUCCUCCCCACUCAGCGGCUCUUCUCCCACUUUGCUGUUUCAAAGCGAGCCACGGAGGAGGGAAGCAUUUGCUCUGUAACACGCACAGACAUUUCCCCUUACUUUCUAGAAGGAAAAAAAUGCGUGUUAUGGAGCGAAAACUACGGUAUACAAGGGAGGAGGGGUUUCACGAACAUAGAGAAAGCACAUUUGCUGCACUGUGCAAAUGUGUGUACUAGCUUGUUUUGGAUUCGAACACUGCUGCCCGUGGAUCAGACAGAGAUGGUGUGUGUGAGUGUGGGGAGAGGGGAAGGGGAAGGGAGAGGAAGGGGAAUGGGUUAGAUAAUGAAGGAAGAAUGGGAGGAAAGUGGGGUGGGAAGAAUAAAGUACAAGAUGAAUCGCAAGAUAAAAUUAAUUUAAUCCUAGCCUUGCAAGCCUAGGACUUGCCGAUCGGAAGGUCGGCGGUUCGAAUCCCCAUGACGGGGUGAGCGCCCGUUGUUCAGUCCCAGCUCCUGUCAACCUAGCAGUUCGAAAGCACCUCACAGUGCAAGUAGAUUAAUAGGGACCGCUCUCCGGCGGGAAGGUAAACGGCGUUUCCGUGUGCUGCUCUGGUCCGCCAGAAGUGGCUUAGUCACGCUGGCCACAUGACCCGGAAGCUGUCUGCGGACAAGCGCCGGCUCCCGGCCUAUAGAGCGAGAUGAGCGCGCAACCCCGGCUCGGUCAUGACUGGACCUGAUGGUCAGGGGUACCUUUACCUUUACCUUUUAGUCUUGCUUAUUUAAGUCUUCCUUUUGAAACUAGUGCAAUAUUGUGUAGCCUCUUUAGUAUAAAAAUUAGAUAAAAUAGAAAUGGUUUGAUUAGGUUGCAAGCCUGUUCACACUUAUCUAGGUGGGAAUAUAUCCCAUUGAACUCAGUGAUGCUAAUGUAACAUACCGGUAGACUUGUAGGAUUUCAAGGUCAUAUGCUCAAACUCCCACCGUCUCUGAUCAUUUACUGUGCUGAGUGGGGCUCAUAUGAGUUGUCUAAAACAUUUGGAGCAUAGCAGGUAUGGGAGGGCUGAUCUGUAUAAUGAGUUUUUUUGUGUGAAAACAUGCAGAGAUUUUAAACUAAUUUAUUAUGUAUAUGAUUAUCCUGAAACUCAAUAUUCAAUAAAAUUGGGUUCCAAGUUAUCUUCAAUCCAAGUGCUGACUAGGUAUGGUGAAGGGUGUCCAAACUGCAUGCAGCGUAUUAGGCCCAGAAAAUGCUGUUUACAUCCCUGCAUAGCUGUGUUCAGAUAAACCACUGUAGGAAAUAACAGUUCACAGCAGCAUCAUAUAGCUGGGCGAAAGGGAUGGUCUUGAGGAGGAUGGAUAAAUUCUAGUCCUGACAAAAUUUAAGUUAAAUACAUAAAGGGAGUGAGGGAAAGAGACUAGGGAAAAAAUAUAGAGCUGAGUACAAGAGUAGAGACAUUUAAAGGCAAGAAGUUCAUAGUAAAUGUGAAAUGAAAGACUAAUCCAAUAUAAAACAGAAAAGUGGAAGAUGUGAUUGAAGCUGUGUGCAGAGCAAAUGAGGCAGGUGGCAGAAUUAUGAAUAGAAGAUACCUUAAAACAGCUGAAAGGGCCAUAAAGAUGAGCAUUGCAAUAAUCCAAUAUAGGAACGAUGAAGCCAUAGUGAGAAUUUCAAAAAUAUAAAAGAAUGAAAAGUGCCAACUCUUGGGUAGAGGGUUGAAUCUGAAAAAGAUGGAUCAGAUUUGACACCUAAGUUAUUACCAUCAUUAUUAUUAAGGGCAUAAAACUCUACUGAGCACGGUAUAAAGAAUAAAAUACAAGCAUUUGUCAGUGGCUUAACAAUCUUAAACACACUUGCGAAUAAGAAAUAGUGAUACUACCAAGAGACAGAAGGGGGAUAAAUUGUUCUAUAAAUGCUCUGAGAUGUUGCAGUCUAGUUCCUUAGGGCUGCUAGAUUUAUUAUGUAUUUUUAAAACUGGUCCCCUGCCUUUCUACUUUAAUCCCCUAACUGUUCAGAGAAAGCCAAAGGUUAGAGUGGAAAACACUAUUUGCAACUACCCCCAAACAGUUUAAAAUAAAAAUGAGCAUAGUUAUAAAGCAGCUUGAAAAUCCCGCCCCCAAUGUGUAAGUAGAAUAAUUGAAAAGUUUUAAUGCCUUUAGGCUUCUGGGAUACAAUUUUCUGUCUUCCUCCAAUUGCCAAUAGGUCAUAAAGGCAAAGUGGAAUCUAAGAGAUAUGUACACCCCCCCCCAAAAAAAUGUUGGUUUUCCAGCUGAGUUUAGUUGUGCUGCACUCAUGUAUCCCAUGGAAAGAAAUGUUUGCUAUGGUCCUCGGCACCUGAAAUGUAGACGUUGUGAUGGUGCUUCUUAAUGCUUCUGUAGAGCAUCAAGCCUGGCAAAGCUUCAUGCCUAUCCUCAAGAUCAGGGUUUCCCAAACUUGGAUCUCCAGCUGUUUUGGGACUGCAACUCCCAUCAUCCCUAGCUUGGAGGACCAGUGGUCAGGAAUGAUGGGAAUUGUAGUCCAAAAAACAGAUGGUGAGCCAAGUUUGGGAAACACUGCUCAAGAGUCUUCAGUAUAGCUAUUGUUAAUAUCAUAAUUUCAGCAGCUCACCUUAGUAGGUAGAUAUUUCUGUCAAAAUGCAUGGUGGCAGAAAAGGCUGUGGGCAGUACACAAAAUGUAGUUCUCUUAGCACAAAGACUUCAGCUGCACAAAGGAACAUCCCUCCCUCUCCUUCCCCAUAAAUCUCUUCUGGGCGUUCCUCCAGCCCUCUGGAGAAGAUUUGGGAGGCCAUGCUGGAGCAGAGUGGGGAAUGUUCCAUUGAGCAUACAGAAACCUUUGUGCUAACAAAACUGCUUCAUUGAAUACCACUCUUCUGGUACUCUGUUGCAGGAAUUGGGAUUUGGGAGUUAGUGCAUUUGAGAUAGUUCAGGUUUCAGUUGGUGAGGAAUGUUAAGUUGCUCAUGAGGUCAUAACUAAGCAGUAAAAUCCAAUGUCUUCUUUUUAGGUAUCUGCAACAUUCGCAGCCAGUUUGGUAACUAGUCCUGCCAUUGGAGCACACCUGUCUACUUUAUAUGGCGAUAACUUGGUUGUAUUAAUUGCUACGGUGGUGGCUGUUGUAGAUAUAUGUUUCAUUCUACUCGCUGUACCAGAAUCUCUACCUGAAAAAAUGAGGCCACCUUCCCUUAUAUCAUGGGAACAAGCAGACCCAUUUGCAGUAAGUUACUGGUUUUUUGUUCAUUCUCUUUUAUUAGUCAGCAGUCUGAUAUUGGUGCUAAAUCUAAUGCAGUCUCCGGAAACAGAAGCAUUGUGUCCUGAUUAUAGGAAGUAAUAGUUCUGCUUCAUUAUGUUCUAGUUAGGCCUCAUCAGGAGAAGAUAUAGUAGACCUUUUCUCUGUUGCACCAGGCACCAAGACUAGCCCCAAGCGGUAGAAAUUGCAGAGAAGGAAGUUGCCGCUAAACAUUAGGAGACACUUCCUAAUGGUAAGAUCUGUUCAGACUGCCUCAGGAAGCGGUGGGAUCGCCCUUGCUAGGGGUAUUUGAGGCUGGUGGAAGCUGUAUCUUACAUUGCAUAACCUGCAUCAUUCCAGGGGUUGAACUACAUGGAUUUCCAAAGUCCCGUCCAACUACUAUAAGAUACUUCAUGGCCGCAUGCAUCUUCAGCAAAGUUUUUCAUUCAUUUACUAAAUCAGAAUUUCAUUAUAUAUGCCUAUGGUAGCUCUUCGAACCCUCACCCACGUCUAGGAACAACUCUGACUUGCCACACUUUCCUAAUUAUAAUGGUAGACCAAUCAUGGUGGUACAAUCUAAAUGAUGAUAAAACUCUGAUGGAACCUUGUACAGGUUUGUUCUAUUCCUAAAUAAUGCAACUGUAGGAAUGUGGGAACUAGACAAGCCAAUGCCCCUUCUGAAGAGAAGGUGCUCACCAGGUAAUAUACCUGAGAUCUCAGACCCUUGUACCCUGAAGGUAUAAUGCACCCAACCUGAGUACCGCAAAUUUUAAGACUCAUUCUAGCAGUUCCAGUGCUAUCUUACGGGAAGACUAGGGGUUGUCACCCUGCCAAACUGCCCUUUCUUUAUCCUCCCUGCACAGCUUGCCCUAUGAGCUUUUAAGGGGGGGUGGGAAGCGCUUCAGAGUUUGGUUUGCCAAACCAUUAUCUGAAGCACCUCCUUCUUUGUUAAACCUUGCAGCUGUGUUCAGCAAAGGGAGGAGGCACUUCUGAGAAUGGGUUGGCAAACUGCUCUCUGAAGCACUUUCCCCUCUGUUAAACAGCUCAGUUAGGCUGCCUGCCCGUCCCCCCUUACAAUUUUGCUUGUUUGCCCCCCUGCUUUCUGCUCUGUCACCAUGCUGGAGUUGGUGUGGCUAUCUGUUAGCAGCCACCUGAACUGCAGCAUGUCAACAGCAUUGCAUUUUUAUGUAUAUAGCAGGGGUGGCCAACUCCCAAGAGACUGCGAUCUACUCACAGAGUUAAAAACAGGCAGUGAUCUACCCCCUUUUGGGGGGUUCAGGUCAAAGUUGUUGAGUUUUUUCAGGGAGGAGGUAAAAUUUUGAGCUUUUUUAAGGGGAGCCACAGUUGUUCAGCUUCUUUGGGAGGAGCCAAUGAUCUGCCAGUGAUCUACCGCAGAUGUCCAGUGAUCUACCGGUAGAUCACGACCUACCCAUUGGACAUGCCUGGUAUAUAGGAGGAAGUGAAUAGGAAACAACAUUAUCAGUGGUUGCUAUAGCCGAACUUCACUGACUUAGGAGCCUUUGUUACUGAGCAGAAUAGAAUCAGGCUUUCGGAACAAUCAAGCUAUUCAUUUGUUUAGUCAACAUUACUUUUAUGAAUUUGAACAGAGGUCCAUCUAAAUUCAGCAUUAGGAAAUUAUCAUGGAAACUCAAAAACAGGAGAAAGGUUUAUUUAAAGCAAACCACAGAUGGAAUAUAUUCUGACAAAUGCACUCAUUAGCGAAAAAUAUCACCUGCUCAGAAUGUAAUAAUCCUUUUCAGAUGGUUCAUUUUGACUUGCUUUACUUUUUUGACAGUCUUUGAGAAGAGUUGGAAAAGAUACUACAAUUUUGCUGACUUGCAUCACUGUCUUUCUUUCUUACCUGCCUGAGGCUGGCCAAUAUUCUAGCUUUUUCCUAUAUUUGAGACAAGUAAGUAAUUUAAGGUAGUUUUUGAAUAUUGUACAAGUUGUUCUUGAUAGAUAAAUUAAGAAUACAUGCAGGGAACAAAUGAAGCCUUGAAAGUAUCAAACAUGUACAUAGUAUGUAGCUGCUGCAUUUAUUAAAAAUAUAUAACACUUUUUUCUGAAGAAAAUAGCAAAGAAGUUUACACAGUAGUAAAAUCGCUAAAAAUACAAUGAAAGCAAAUUCGUAAAACUAUAAAUCAGUUGUGCCAUACAGUUACAGCAGUUAAUGAAAUUAAACAGUGUAAUCUAGAGUUUAUUCAAAAUGCCAGUCAUUGUUAAAAAUGCAAAGCUGUUUAAAUAGCACAGUGCCAAAAAUCAGGAUUGCAUGACUAAUAAUUGUAUUAUCGCAGUAGAUCCCCACCCACCCCUUUUUAAAAGUAGGUCAAGAAGUUCAAAGGUAAUUUCUGAUUCCAUAUUGGGAACUUCUACUCAAAAGAAAGUUUCAAGCUGGGCCUUGAGAUAACAAGGGGUUUUCAGGAUGUGGUCAUAGGCAUUAUUGACAUAUACCAUAUUGUAUGGGUUUUGUUCUGAAACUUAUAUGGGAUGGAUCCCAGCAUUUUGUUUUUCUUAUGAAAGGAUCCCUUCCAUGUGCAUGGCUCUCCUGUUGACAGAGCAAAGAGUUAGGAUCCAAACCGUUUGGGUUUUUUCUUAACUAUUUGAAAACACCCGGAACCUGCUCUGAAUUGGCAUGUUUCUGCAUUUGUAAAACAAAACAAGCUUGGAAUAAUCUCCAAUAUUAUUGUUAGGCAAAAAUAAAGGCCCAAGGCUUUCUGUUCCUGGUAGGCGAAGCAAAUGAGCAGAACACUCAAAUCUUCCUUGAACAUCACUUAAGAGAAGAUUUUAAUUAAGCAGUAUAUAAGUUGUUUGCAUAAAAUUAAAUAAAAACCCUCUCUGCUCCUCUUUUAGAUAGAAGAAAAAGCUUAAUAUGCAUGAAUAAUGAUCCAAAUGCAGAGAAUUGCAUAUGUGACAACAAUGCAUUUAACUUCAUGUUGAUGUGUUUGCUCCAAACUAGCAGAUCCGUGGGGGCAUACUUUAUUAGUAUAAUAAAAUUAAGGACCAGAAAAUGUAAAGGCACACCAAGAGGAUGGGAGAUACACAUAGCAUCUUAGGUUGCAUAUGUAGACAUAAUGUUCGAUUGCGGCUUAAAAAGUAGACCUAAGCAGCAACUGCUGAUAGACAUAUUCAGUAGCUUGUUCAGGAUACAGGGGAUUAGCUCAUGUAACUGGGUAAAAAAUAAAAAGUACACCAAUGGAAAAGUUAGAUUGCCUUUUGUCAAAUUAGAAUUGGCCCAUGGCAGUUUGUUUUCCUGCAUGUUUGCUGUAAGGCUGUGAUCUUGUAUACACCUGGGCAUUCCUGAUAAUGCAAACACCUCCCCUCAAGUGUAGUUCAGUGAGUAUGAAGGAAAAUGCAUGACUUACCGUAUUUUUUGCUCUAUAAGACGCACCAGACCACAAGACACACCUAGUUUUUGGAGGAGGAAAACAAGAAAAAAAAAUUCUGAAUCUCAGAAGCCAGAACAGCAAGAGGGAUCGCUGCGCAAUGAAAGCAGCAAUCCCUCUUGCUGUUCUGGCUUCUGGGAUAGCUGCGCAGCCUGCAUUCGCUCCAUAAGACGCACACACAUUUCCCCUUACUUUUCAGGAGGGAAAAAAUGAGUCUUAAAGAGCAAAAAAUACGGUAAAUAUGGAAGCAUAAUACAUAGGUUGGUGGUUCUUUUUAUUUCCCGUAAGAGAGUUCAAUUUAUAGUCUUAUACUAAAUAUGACCUUAAUGUCAUGACCUAUAUUUGACUGGAUGUUGAUACGGUAUUUUUACCUAGUCUUGACUGCCGUCUUCCUUUCCCCACCCCAACUCUUAUUUCCACCUCUGAAAUCACUUUACCUUCCAGUCUUCCAAAUUUGUCCUUACUGUAUGAAAAUCUACUGUACUGGGUUGCUUUAGUUUUGUAAGCUGCCUAUAAAUGUAAUUGUUCUUCACUUACUGUUUCUUUGAACUUUACACGCAUUGUUUUUGUGUUAUCUGCAGGUGAUAAAAUUUGAGUAUGCCAGCAUUGCAGCAUUCAUAGCUGUGAUAGGAAUUCUGUCUAUCGUUGCGCAGGUAAGCAUUUACAAUCCUAUGUCUUAGGUGACAGCUCAUAAUAAAAGGCAAAUAUUAACGAUCAGGGUGAUAAGUGAUUUGCACAUUAAGUACAUAAUGUGUUCUGUGGGGAGGUUGAGAUAGAGGUGCGCAAAUUGUGACUGAAUUCUUGUGGCCUUCUUGCAGACCACAGGUGAUUAAAAACAGUCUUGACAUUCUUUGGGAGGAACAAAACUUCGUCCAUGAAACAUUUUCUAAUUUUCUGAGAUUGUUAAUUUGGGGUUUUCAUCAGCUGUACGCCAUAAUCAUCACAAUUAUAACAAAUAAAGGCUUGACGUAUCUUGCUUUGAAUGUCACGAGUCUAUCUCAUAUAUUAGUUUCACCUUUUAAGUUGAAUUACUGAAAUAAAUGAACUUUUCCACGAUAUUCUAAUUUUUUGAGUUUCACCUGUACAGUUCUUGAACAUUCAACCAAGCCUGUAACUUUUUAAUAUGUAAUAUACAAUGAACCAAGAUGAGAUGUAUGGUUUGCUGCCUAAUGCUAUAUUCCUUUAAGAAAAAGAAAAGAAAAGAAAAGAAAAGCGGGAUCUUGUGCAUAAAGGUGUCCCUGCCUGGUUUCUGUUAAGGUUGUUACAUUUCCAGCACCUUUUCAACAUGGAAGAACUUCUAGCUACGAUAGAAUGGUGUGCUUGUUUAAAGUUUGAUGCAGGCAGGGAGAACAUUUUUUACUCCAGGUCUGAAUAACAUUGAUACACUUAGGGUCCGUAUUAAAAAGUUUAAAAGUGCUAACAAUCCUGGGAUAAUAAAAUGGUAUUUGGCCUGGUGCGGGAAAGGUAUCUGACUGGUUUCCUGGAGAACAUUUUUAAGCUGGAGUUCUGCUACUCAGAAGUCCUCUCCUUCUCCUUUUCAUAUGAGUUGCUUGUAUUGUAUAGUAUAAAUGCUUUACCAAAUGUCUGCCUUGGGUUGUAAGACUCAUUUAGGGCCGAGAGCUGCACACACAAUUUGACAUCUGUUUGAUGUGAGGCUGCCUUAAGAGCCUGCCCAUCCCUAGAUCCCCUGCAUGGUUAGGGAUUAGCAGUCCAGAACUGAAGAGAAUGCAGUCAUAAAAAUGGGAUGGGGGAUGAAAUUGCAGUGGUUGGGAGUGCCAGAAAGGAAGGAUGUACAUGAAUACUGAUGAAAUCAUUUUUCCAAUUAACUAUUGGAGGAAGUGCUAGGGAAGGGGCGGGGAACAUUUUGCUGCCUGUGGGUCCCAGAUCUUCCCAUUGGGCCAAAUUUGAUAGGAGCUCAGGGCCAGCCACCUGUCCAUCCCUUGAUAUUAUUAUGAUGAAGUCCCAACAGUCGCAAUAAGCAAGUAAUUUUAAAGGCAAAGGGUUUUCCACCCAUCCCUCCACCCCGUCAUCUCCUGUUUGGGUCUGUGGAUGCUUUGGAUGCUUUCAGACAACCCCUGCGUUCUGUUGCAAAGAACUGUGCAGGUUUUAACCCCUACUCAUCAGCUAAUGAGAGAAUCUUACUAUCUAUCCUUUACUGAGAGCAGGAUAUGCAGCCAGUGCUGGAUUUAACCCUGUCUUCCUGCCAAACAGCUUACGUUGCCAGUCAUGUCAGUUGAUGAGUGAAUGGGUGGGCAUGUUUUGGGGGGAAACAGCCCAAAUUGGAUCCCUUAGCUCAUGGAUAGGCAAACUUAAGGCCCAGGGGCCGGAUCCAGCCCAAUCGCCUUCUAAAUCCGGCCUGCGGACAGUCCAGGAAUCAGCGUGGUUUUACAUGAGUAGAACGUGUCCUUUUAUUUAAAAUGCAUCUCUGGGUUUUUAGUAGGGCAUAGAAUUCGUUCUAACCCCCCCCCCCAAAAUAUAUAUAUAGUCCAGCCCCCACAAAGUCUGAGGGACAGUGGACCGGCUCCCUGUUCAAAAUGUUUGCUGGCCCCUGGCACGUCACAAUUGGCCUGCAGGGCACCCCUGAGCUAUGGUGACAGUUAAGAACGUGCAUUUUUGAGUAGGAAAUCCCCAGUUCAAAUUUUGCCUCGGCUGUGGUUUCACUGGGUGGAAUUAAAGCCCUUAAUUCUUUUGGGUAGAUACUCAUACGGCUGCACUGUAAGUGAUUAAUUUGAAGCUUUGUGCUUCUAACAGUAUCUUGUUUAAAAAAUGUAUGUACAGUGGUACCUCGGGUUACAUAUGCUCCAGGUUACAUACGCUUCAGGUUACAGACUCCGCUAACCCAGAAAUAGUACCUCGGGUUAAGAACUUUGCUUCAGGAUGAGAACAGAAAUCGUGCUCCGGCGGCGCGGCAGCAGCAGGAGGCCCCAUUAGCUAAAGUGAUGCUUCAGGUUAAGAACAGUUUCAGGUUAAGAACGGACCUCCGGAACGAAUUAAGUACUUAACCCGAGGUACCACUGUAUUGGCAAUUAAAUGUUUUUUAUUAUAAAUAUACAGAGAACUUUCCAAUUUUAAAGCUUUUUUCUACAUUAUUUAUUAUCUUUUUUUGUAGACUGUUUUUCUCAGUAUCCUAAUGAGGUCUAUAGGAAACAAAAAUACUGUGCUCCUUGGCCUUGGCUUUCAGAUGUUCCAGCUGGCUUGGUAUGGAUUUGGUUCCCAGCCUUGGUAAGUGCAAUAAUGGCAGAAUAGCCAUGUCUCUGCCUGCUUGCUUCAGUGCUCUUUCUAAUUCUUUUACCCUUGGGUGUACUUUUAUCUUUCAAAUUGCUGCAAGUCACCUUGGGUGGCUGUUUGGGCUGGCAGUGGGAUCAGUAAUGGCAAUGUAGAAAUACUUUGAUUAAUUAAAAAAAAAUGGGUUUUUUUUCCGAGUGCUGAUCUGAACUUUCUAGACCAGUAUUCCUCAGCCUUUUCGUAUCUGAAAAUCCUUAGUCCCCGUGUGCAUUUGUCGACCUACUUCUUAAAUCUUUUCGUAGGGCAGUAUCCCGUAAAGUAAUUCCAAUAGCUCAAUAACUUCUGUUUGUCCAGUGGAACUUCCCCUUCCUCUCCCGUCCUCUCCCUAGGUUCCUUCCACUCCCUCCCCAGAUCUGCUCUGGAGGGUUGGAGGAAAACCCAGAACAGAUUUAGUGGAUAUGCAGGGAGCGAUACUAACGGAUCUACUUCAUUGGAAACCAUCCCCUAUAUUUGUAUGGUGGUAGAGCUCUUUAGUUUUAGUUGGAUCAAAUUACAUUAGAUAAUAAUGACAUUCUAGACUUGGAGGGAUGGAACAACAGAUACGGCUGGCAUGCCUAUCUAAUUUACAAUAAAGCGGCGGUGCAUAAAGAAUUUCUAAGUCAUGUAAUUAGAUAUUCGUUAUAUAAGGUCUGGGUGAGACACAGAAGGUUGUUAGAACCGAAAACCCCAUGGUGGGUUUUACCAUUGGAAGUGAUAGCGGUCAAAAAGAAAAACCCGACAGGAAGAUUGGCGACAUACCAGCAGCUCCUAAAGGAAGAACAGGGCCAAUUAAAAUUAAGACCAUACGAAGACGUGGCCCAAUACUGCACCACAUGGUUACAAUAUCAUCAGAUUGCCCAAAUAUUUAAUCAGGACAGAGCUCUUGUGGCCCUCUUUUGGUUUGGCUGCAAUUAGUGGGGUCCCAAGCCACACACUGAAAAGCAUUGUGUUAAGACCAAUGGAAAAAAAAUUCCAUUCCUUUAGCCAUUCUACUGAUUUCCACCUAACUUGCAAGUUCACUUUGUUGCCACACUUCUUUGUGAGUGUUUCAUACUGGUGUGAUUCAUGUCUGCUUUUUAACUUCAGGUAAUAUAAAACUACUGCCUCAGUUUUGCCUUGCUAUGCUGUAUUUUUACCCGAAAGCUCUUGCUUGUAGAUGAUAAGAUUCUUUAUACAGGCAUUGGCAUUCCUGUGGAGUAUGUUAUACUCACUGGCUGUAGCAAUUAUUUACCGUAUUUUUCCGUGCAGAAGACUCCCCCAUGUAUAAGACUCCCCUUAUUUUGCGGGACUCCAAAUUAAGAAAACAGCCCUCAGCACUACCUGUGUAUAAGACGAACCCGAAUUUCAAACCUAAUUUUUUGGUAAAAAAAACCCGUAGUCUUAUACACGGAAAAAUACGGUACUUAGCCACAGUUAUUGUGCGAAAUGAGCACCGCCUUCUUAGUACUAUGGACUCCGCUAGCAGCCGCUGGUGGUGUGGGGAAACAUUCUAACUGUUGGUCCUGAUCCAUUUCAGUGCUGCUAAAAAUCACAGCUAGUGGGAUAAUAAACUUCCCCUGGAAUGUUGCAAACCCUCAUGGCAACUGUACCAUGUAGUCUGACUACAAUUCUAACGCUUCCAACAAGGUACCCCAAUAGCUGGAGAGUUAGUUUUUGCUUCUGCAUAGCUCCUUCAUUACAAGUGACGUAAUGGCUUUGCUUUGUGUCUUGCUCUCAGGAUGAUGUGGGCAGCUGGAGCUGUAGCAUCCAUGUCAAGUAUUACGUUCCCAGCAAUCAGCGCUCUUGUGUCACGAAAUGCAGACUCAGACCAACAAGGUGAGUACAGUGAUUUUGUUUUUCAUAGAAUUGUAGAGUCGGAAGGGACCCCGUGGGUCAUCUAGUCCAGGGGUCAGCAACAUUUUUCAGCAGAGGGCCAGUCCAGUGUCCCUCAGACCUUGUGGUGGGCCGGACUAUAUUUUGAAAAAAAUAAUGGACGAAUUCCUAUGCCCCACAAAUAACCCAGAGAUGCAUUUUAAAGAAAAGCACACAUUCUACUCAUGUAAAAACACCAAGCAGGCCCCACAAAUAACCCAGAGAUGCAUUUUAAAGAAAAGCACACAUUCUACUCAUGUAAAAACACGCUGGUUCCCGGACUGUCCGUGGGUCGGAUUUAGAAGGUGAUUGGGCCACACCCGGCCCCCGGGCCUUAGGCUGCCUACCCCAGAUCUAGUCCAACCCCCUAGAAUGCACAAAUAUGUAGCGGUCCCAUAAGGGGAUCAAACCAGCAACCAUGGCGUUAUCAGCCCCACUCUCCUAUGUUCUAGGAAACCAUGUUCUGUGAAGCAUCUUUCAUAGAGCUAUUUUCUUUCCAACACCAGCAUGCAAACAUUUACCUGUGCUUCAGAAAAAAAUUUGCUUUUGGAUGUUCACAGUACUCUAGACAAAGUAAGUGGUGGUAUUAUUGAUCUUCACAAAUGAUGAUUCUUUUUUUAUGCGGAAGACACACAAUUUUACCCUGGUCUUUGACACCUGAGACACAUGUUUACAGGACCGGCUUAAUUCCUGUAACACUAAUUCAUUUUAACUGUUUAUAAUUUUAUAAUCUGCUCUGAGGACCUGAUCUGAGGACAGGUAAUAAUAAUAACAAGUAUAAUAGUACACAGACUUUGGUACAAUUUCCAUGGAAGGCUGAUUGUGGUAGAUUAUUUUUCUCUUCCAAAAGUACUUUGACCGUAGCUGAGCCUUGUUUCCAGAACUGUUCAGUAUUAGUGAUGACUAAUUAAAAUAUACUCUUUGCAAAUUUGGUCUCACAGGGCCAGCAGGAAUGUGAGAAUCUUGCAGUUGGUUAUCCCAGCCCCUUUCCUGGCCCAGUAGCAGGCUCUGUGUGAGAGAUUAUCUGAACAGGACAUACAGAUUUGGUUCCCUUUCCUGUGUAGGAUAUCUACAGUUUUUGCUGAUUUGCCCAGAAUGGGGCUAAAUUUGUUGGCAUUAACGUGAGAAAACAUGACCUUUUAAAAGUAAUUUGGGUGGGUAAGUGCAAGUUACAGCCGAAGAAAUCCCAGAGUUCUUCCUCUUUUUUCAAUUAAGAAUCCUUUGAAGUAUUUUUUAGCAGUUAGGAAGUUGAUGUUAACACCCUCUAGUGGUGAUUUGAACAUGUGACAAGUUAGUGUUUCUCAAACAGUGGAUCAGGACCCACCAGAGAGCCUUAGGCCACUUUUUGGUGGGCUUCUGUGCCACAGUUUGCCCAGUGCCUCCACACUUGCCUGCCCCAUCUGCUCACUAUGCCACACAGCCUUUUAGUCAGACCAGUUCUGACUCAUUUCAUGCUAAGUAAAGGUGGUCGGGAGACAGAAGUUUAGGGAAGGGUGAUGGAAGGAAGGUCUGUCUUGAGCAGCGAUGGCUGGAGGAGGUGUUGAAGGAAAUAAGAUAGAGAUAAAAGCUAAAUCUUUAUUAUAAUUAUUCAGAAAUAAACCGGGAAUAGAAAUGAAAGGGAUAAGAAACAAAAGCAGUAAUAGGUGGAAGAAGUGAUCGUAAAAGGACCCAGAGAGGAGGGAUGCAAGGAAUGGUGAGGUCUUGGGCUGCAACUGGGGGUGGGAAAGCUAAAAGUUGAAUGUUAAAGGAGACUGGGAGAAGGAAUGACAGGAGAUGGGUGUGAAUACUUUUGAGCAGCGUGUAGAGAUGGAAAGGGAAAAGCCUCUGCAUCAGCAAAUUCUGCCUAAAAUGAGGCAGCUAAGUGACAAGACUGACCAAGCAAGUGUCUGUAUUUAGUCUGAGGAAAACUUGCCGCAAGGAAAAUGCUGUGGCAAAGAAUUUUAUGUUUUCCAAAGAUUAAAUGUGGGCAAUAGAAACUGAUGCCAGCCAGCUGAUUAUGCCAAACUCCACUUCCGUCGACCACCAUUUUGCGGUUCAUUCCUCUCUUGCACUGCCAUUUUGUGAUUGGUGGGCUUCAGUAAUUUUCAGUUACCUUAAGUGGGCCCUGGGGGCCAGAAAAUUUGAGAACCCCUGGAUCAGAACUUUCCUCUUCCUUCAUUGAAACAAGUAGACUAAUUUAGUCAUUUUGGAACAAGGAAAGUUCUAGUUUGUGCUGUUAUUUUGAAUUUCAGUUUAUCCUCCUUAAACUAUUUUAUUGAAACUGAUCAGUUUGAAAUAAGGCCAGACUGUUAACUUCAUGAUUGCCUGUAAGUGCAGUAAUUAAACGGUAAGCUUUCCAGUUUUUGCAUCAUUUUAGAACGGGAGUCAAGCUCAUGGAAAUUAUUUCUCCUGUUCUCUUGCUCUUUUACAGGUGUUGUCCAGGGGAUAAUAACUGGAAUCAGAGGCCUUUGCAAUGGUCUUGGUCCUGCUCUCUUUGGCUUCAUAUUCUUUCUGUUCCAUGUGGAGCUCACCGAGUUGGCGCCUGUCCCAGAUCCUGAUAAAAAAGCAAUGCAGGAUCCAAGCGAUGAGGUAAAUUAUUGUAAAUCGUAACUUUUAAUAGUGCUUGAUCAAGGCACCCCACUUAUUUAUGAUGUUAAAUUUCCUGGUAAGAACCCAUGCUGUUCAUAUUACUAUUAGACUUGUUAGUCACUUGUUAAACAAAGUUGUCAAGCGACUUAGAACAUAUUUUAAACAUUUUAAAAUAAUGUUAUAACAUUGAUACAUCCACACAGAAACACAUACAUAACAGGUGAACCUCAUGUUACAUAUGCUUUCCUUGCUGUAUUUAGGUACCGAGUAAAAGUCUACCUAACAUUUCACGUAAUGAACUCUUCUGGCAUCCAGCUAUGUACAAGAUAGCCAUUUCUAGGCUUCAUGGCUGCUUAGAGGGUGAAACGCGGAGUAAAUCUACAACUGGAAUAUCACUAGAUGGGUCUGCCAGUAGUUGGAUAUGAGUUCCUUGCAGUGUUGUACAGCCGUGGCAAGUUAUACACCACAAAUUUCUCCUCUUCCACCACUUAACAGAACAGUUCUGAACCAACCUCUCCUAUUUGAAAACCUAUUUUUUGAAAUCUCUUUAAAAUAAUGCCAGUUGAGCAUAAAGUCCAUUCAGGUUGUAAAUGCUUGGUUUUUACAACUGUAAAUGAGACCCUCUGCUUAAAAUACACAACACCUCCUUGAAGAACAAACUACUGGAACCAGUUAAAUGAUUAUUCCCCAUGAAUUGUACACAGCGAAACCAUUGCAUAAGCAGAACAGCAUCUGUUCAUGUGGUGGAACUUCUCUCUCCACCCUGCAAAAAAAUGCUCUGGCAUUGCUCUAUUUUCUCCAGUCACUCCUGAAAUUAUUGUGAAGGUUGCCUUGCUUUUUGAAAAAAAUGCCUGUUGCGACAUUGGAACUUCCUUAUGUACAUGGAAUUAACAGCAAUGGUGGCUGAGUUUUUGUCAAUAGUAUCUCUUAGAGUGGUGAAUGGCACUAUUUAGCGGGAAGAAACUCCAAUGAAAAUCCUCACUAUUGCAUUUUUUACAUGACUGUUUUUGUAUAUAUAUUUAAAUUUUAUGUAUGGAUGUUUUAUGAUGGCCCAUUUAUAAUGCCUAAUAAAGUUUUGGCGAAGUAAGUAUGUACAUGGAAUGCUUUCACAGUACAGUGGUACCUCUAGUUAUGAACUUAAUUCGUUCCGGAGGUCCGUUCUUAACCUGAAACUGUUCUUAACUAGAGGUGUGCUUUCGCUAAUGAGGUCUCUUGCUGCUGCCACUGCGCCGCCGGCACACAAUUUCUGUUCUCAUCCUGGGGCAAAGUUCUCAACUCGAGGUAACUCUUCCAGGUUAGCGGAGUUUGUAACCUGAAGUGUUUGUAACCUGAGGUGUUUGUAACUCGAGGUACCGCUGUGCUCCAAAACUGCCUCUUCUGAGAUUGCAUUCAGUUCCAUGAAAAAGAAAAUGCUUCUUUAGAUAAUGCCCAUAUGCUUUAAGAACUAAGGCUGAAAGCUUUUGAGAAAUAGAAUAUCGAGACUGAACAUUUAUUUUGCCAUUUCUGUUUGUCAACUGUGUUUAAUGGUCAUUUCAUUGUACCCGCCCACCCAACCUCAUCACCAUGGUUAAUCUAUAUUUAUGUAGUUUACUCUUUGCUUGUGUCCUUGGGGUGCUUUGUGACAGGGUUGUCAGAAUUUCCACAAGGUUAUGGCCGAUUCAGCACCUCCGUUGAUAGUCCUUUAUUUUCGAUAAUUUGCGUUUUGUGCUGUGUGCACUGCUGAAGCCUGCGACAAAGGCUCUCGAGCGAAACAUUUUACAAGUGCCUGAGUUUCAUACAGUGGUACCUCGCAAGACGAUUGCCUCGCAAGAUGAAAAACUCGCAAGAUGAAAGAGUUUUUCGUUUUUUGAGUUGCUUCGCAAGACGAAUUUCCCUAUGGGCUUGCUUCACAAGACAAAAAACGAAAACGUCUUGCAAGUUUGUUUCCUUUUUCUUAAAACCGUUAAUAUCCAGGGUGACUCCGAGGAGCAACUCAUAGCACGCGGUGUGGUAGCCUUUUUUGAGGUUUUUGAAGACUUUGGUGAUUUUGAAGACUUUGGGAAACCGUGCUUCGCAAGACAAAAAAUUCGCAAGACGAAAAAACUCACAGAACGAAUUAAUUUCGUCUUGCGAGGCACCACAGUAUUCUUCAUCAGGGCUGAUACGGGUGUAAUCCUUUUACACUGCAGCACUGGGCAUGUCUACUCAAAAGUAAGUCCGAUCAAGUUGAGCAGCAGGGUAGGCUGGCAUGCUUGAGUUUAAUCCCGUGGUUCAGACAGCCACUCUCAAUUGUGGACCAGCUUCUCCCUUGCAGGUUCUGGACAGGCAAUCUUGCAUGUUUCAGCUGCCUCCUUGAGCAGGCUCUUCUCAGCCUCCUGCAAGCCAAGGUGAGACACAAACGUGGGUUGUUUUCUGAUUAACUUGGAUGGUAUUUGAAACCCCACUUCUAAGUGGUGCCUCCACUGUACAUGACAUCAGACAAGAGAUCUCAGCCCUCUUCUGAGUCAGGGAGGAUGCGGGGCAGUGGAAGCCGCAAAUACUUGAGUAGAUGCCGAGGCCAGCCGAAAUCUCUGGUCUCCUAGCUUUACUCCCCCCCCCUUUUUUUGCCAAUAUAUAUUCCAAUACAGUGGUACCUCGGGUUAAGUACUUAAUUCGUUCCGGAGGUCCGUUCUUAACCUGAAACUGUUCUUAACCUGAAGCACCACUUUAGCUAAUGGGGCCUCCUGCUGCCGCUGCACCGCCGGAGCCCUAUUUCUGUUCUUAUCCUGAAGCAAAGUGCUUAACCUGAAGCACUAUUUCUGGGUUAGUGGAGUGUGUAACCUGAAGCGUAUGUAACCCGAGGUACCACUGUAUACAUUCCAGUAUAUAUUCCAAUAUAUUUAUUUAGCACUCUUUUUCCCCCCUCAAUAAUUUUUUAUUAUUUUCUUUACACAGUCAUUCUUACAAUACGUUAUUCAACAUAUAAACCUUUUUGCUCUGCCGAGCUUGCGACUUCCCUCCUUCCCUUCAGCGCCCUUAUCAAAUCCAAUCGCGUAUUUUAACUUUUUACAUCUUAUCUACAUUGUAGGAAUUACUUCAAUCCUGCUAUUGUCUUUUAAGUUUUUACAGUUAUCCUUUAAGUAUAUAAUAAAUUUACUCCAAUUAUCCUGGAAUUUCUGGGCGUCCUGAUCCCGAAUCCUGCCGGUCAGUUUGACUAACUCCAUCCAUUGCGUAAUCCAUCAUUUUCGCCUCCAAUUCCGCAAUAGUAGGAAUGGUCUUCCUAGCCUUACCAAGGUGUACUACAAACAGGUGUCACCCAAGCUUUAUUCCUUUCCCAACCCUUGUGUCCUUGUGUCCUUGAGGUUGGAUUUCCUCUGCAUUGUCUGCAGCUAUGAGCCCUACAUUACUCUGCUCUCCUUGGUAAAUCAGUUCAGCAAUCUGACUAAAAACUGGUAUCUGUAGGCAAAUAGGAAUGCUUGGACCCAGCUUUGCACAGCCUGAGUUAUUCCCCGUAAGCCUGUUCAUUGUGGCUCCUUUCUUUCUCUCUGCAGAGUUCGAUUAUUCCUGGCCCGCCAUUCCUGUUUGGAGCAUGUGCAGUCCUCCUCGCUUUUCUGGUUGCCUUAUUCAUCCCCGAGCACAGUAAAGCCAGCAGUACAAGAAAGCACACCAACAGCAUCAGCAGCAUACAGAGCACCAACCCCGACCGAGGCAGCGACGAGGACAUUGAGCCAUUGCUGCAGGACAGCAGCGUGUGAGAGCUAGAUUUUCCUAACGUUCAUGCAGUCUGCAAGCAAGCGAAACCCACGCACUGAGCUCUGAAUCCAGAGCAGGACUGGAGUGAGCUUUUGAUUUGUCAGAAGCUUUGCACAUUUCACUCACCUAAGGUUUGCUAUGUUGGUGUCCAUGGAUGUCCCAUCGGGAUGGAUUUAACCACUUUUCUUUUUUUAAAAAAAACAAAAUAAGAAUUCAACGCAGUUAUUUUUCUGUAUCUGAUUUGGAAAUGCUAUCAAGCCCCACACCGGACGGAAUAUGGAAUACACACAGUAUCUUGGAAAACCUUCAAACAAAGUGGAACUUACUGAGUACACAGAUUCACUGUGAGCAGACCACAGCCCCCACCAAUUAGAGAAAAGUUACUUCUACUGACGGAUAAAGAUAACAGAAACCCUUCGCCAUUAUGUUCCUACAUUUCUAAUUAAUAGGCUGCCUGGUAAAUUGAAUAUUGUGUUAGAAGUGUUAAGAGAAUUUCAGCCGUUGAAUAUAGAUUCAGGUGUUUGUUUUUUUUUGGAAGUCUUCAACCCUCAUUCCCAAGGACUCUUAACCCGUAUGUCAGGAGCUCCUUUGGAAACCUUAAAAGGGCACAUGUACUUUCAUUGAUGGUUAGUAAUAAUCACUGAACUAGGUAGCACUACCAAUGUAGCCAGUUUUGACAUAGAGGCUAAUUAACUGGAUGCUGAGGCAAUUUACAUUUACUUGUGUGUAUUUAUUGCAUCAUCUAUCACUUUUUAUCUGCCGUAUGAAGCACUCCCCUUCCUGUUAAUUUCACUCCUGCCUUAACUGCUACUUAGUGUGCAUUUGUUACCAACUCUUAUUUAGCCUUCAUAUCAAACUUCGGAAGAAUUUCAUGGGUUAUAAUUAUGAAACGCCUCUCCCAAAGAGGCCCUAAAGAUGGUUUAGUUUGUACAGAGUAUCAUGUUAUAAUUUUUAGAGACAUUUUAUUAAAUUGCACAGAUUUCUAUGUAUUUUGCGGCAGUGGAAAUGGACCAUUACACACACAAAAACUAACCAAGUACUCUUAAGAAUGUUUUAUAUGUAUUGAAUAUAUGUAGAUAUUUGUAAGAAGUUUUACUUUUUCCAGAUAAGGUACUGUGUAAAUCUUGUAUUUAUAAAUGUAAUGAUGGUGAUGGAUAUACAGCUUUUAUAAAGGAUUGUGUAAUGACUGAACAAAAUAAAUAUAUAUAUAUAUUUUGAAACUUGUUCCGCCUUAAGCAAAGAUAACAAACCUUUUGUACUAUGCAGUUUGGUUUUUAAGUUAAAAAGCUUCCUAAUGCAUAAUAAAUUUGCAACCUAUGCUAUAUACCUAC